AUGAGAAGCAGGAUGCUCAUUUUGCUGCUAGCAAACUGCGCCGAAAAACUUGAGAAGAAGCAGAAGAAGUUGUCUAAAGCGAGACUUCUGUCAGAAGGAAAAGAUCUAGAGAUCGAUCUCCUGAGAGAAGGCAUCAAUACAAUUGAGCAAGAACUGAAGUCGUCGACCAGGGAGGAUUUUGAUGGAUCCUCUGAGGACUGUCAGGGAAUCGGUACUGGCAUGCAGUUAUGUGUCGAACCCAUCGCUGAAUGCCACUCUCAAGACUCAAACCAGGCCACACCGAACAACGGUAGUUACAAGACCACGGAUCUCUGGAGCCAAGAAUAUGGGACUACUACCGACAAUUCAAGCUGUUGGGGCGGGCCCAAAACGGCGCCCUCUAUCAAAUCAGAGCCUUAUCAGUUGUUCGAUCAUGGCGGCAAGAAGGAUUUACUAUGCCUCAAGACAAAAUCCGCAAAGAAGAGUUCCCGCUGCACCACUGAAUCCGAGUCCCCAGUCGAAUCCCUUGAGUGUGGAUCGCCUAUAGACAUUUCUAGCGACGACAACGACGUCGCCGUCAGAAAAUCAUGUCGACCACUUCGAAACACAAAGAAAGUCAAUUACGACGUGGGAGCGCCCGAACACUGGCCGAUUGAGUUCUUCAACUGA